CACAAACCUAAAUUAGAACGUCCUUGCCAUCAGUUGCUGCAUUAUAAACCCGCACUACUCUAAACAUGGACAGACUAUUCUUUACCCAAACGAGAUGAAGAAGUUUGCAUGUUUUUGUAGGGAUUCAUGCAACAAAGUUGCUUGUUUUCUCGACCUCCAUUUCCAUCCUCUAUGGAUCCAGCUCAGUUACUUCUUAAUCGUCUCUCUGCUCGGUUGUUUGGCUUUAACAGUCUCAAAGCCAAGAACAACCUCGUUUAGACCCAAGUUUGUUGAUGUGUUCUUCACGUCCGUCUCUGCCACAACAACUUCAAGCAUGUCAACCGUGGAAAUGGAGGUAUUCUCCAACACCCAACUCAUCAUUAUGACAAUCUUAAUGUUUGUUGGUGGGGAGGUUUUCAUUUCUAUGCUUGGACUUCAAUUUGCGAGGUCUAAGUUUCCCAAAAACCAUCAAAGUACUCAAGUUGAUCAGAACAGAGCCACUAGUACAGCUAUUAACGUCAACCCUAUUUCUCAAAUCCAUAAUAAUUUAAACAGAAAAAAGGAACUCGAUUUGAAGGCUAUUCCUCGACCAGAAUCCGAGAAACCUAAUCAAAACGAUGUUGAACAAGGAAUCAUGUGCUUGGACAGUCUUAGUCUCGAGUAUAACUCUGUUAUGGCUUUGGGUUAUGUGGUGUUAGGUUAUUUAUUGGUAGUUAUUCUAGUUGGUUCUAGUUCAGUUUUCUUGUACAUAAGCCUCGAUCCAACUGCAAGAACGGUUCUAAAAAACAAGGGCCUAGAUUUUACGACGUUUUCUGUGUUCUCGGUGGUUUCUUCUUUCACAAACUGCGGUUUCAUCCCAACAAACGAGAACCUCAUGGUUUUCAAGAAGAAUUCAGGUCUCCUGCUGCUUCUCAUUUCACAAAUUCUUAUGGGAAACACUUUGUAUCCGCCAUGCCUGCUAUUUGUAAUCUGGGUUUUGAAGAAAACCAGUAAAAGAGCAGAAUUCAGUUUCAUACUGAGGAAUUACAGAGACAUGGGAUACAGUCAUCUACUCUCUCUUCCUCACGCAGCUCUUCUGUUUUUGACUGUUUUUGGCUUCAUAUCGAUAGCGAUCGUACUAUUUUGCUGUAUGGAGUGGAACUCGGACGCCAUGGAUGACCUGAAUUCCUAUCAGAAACUCGUGGGCUCCUUGAAUCAAGCUGUGAAUGCGCGGCAUGCGGGUGAAAGUGUCUUCGAUCUCUCCAGCAUCUCACCAGCAAUUCUGCUGCUGUUCAUCGUCAUGAUGUAUCUCCCACCAUAUACUACGUUCCUUCCAACAAAGUAUCAAGAUGAUCAGGUGGCUUCAGAAAAUGGGAAAGGAAGCCCAAAUCGAAGGAAGCAGACUACUUUCAUGGAGUGUCUGAUGCUCUCACAACUCUCCUAUUUAGUCCUAUUCAUCAUUCUCAUAUGUGUAACUGAGAGACAAAAAAUGAAGGAAGAUCCUCUUAACUUCAGUGUCCUGAACAUCAUCCUAGAAGUGAUAAGUGCAUACGGUAACGUUGGGUACUCAACUGGCUAUAGCUGCAAACGGCAAGUGAAACCAGAUAGCUCCUGCACAGACACAUGGUACGGAUUUGUCGGAAGAUGGAGUACCAAGGGAAAAAUCAUUCUCAUCAUUGUUAUGUUCUUUGGAAAGCUUAAAAAAUUCACCAUGAAAGGUGGUAAAGCCUGGAAACUUUCCUAAUGAAUUAGG